AAUAUCACCGAGGAUAAAACUAAAACUAACUUAAAAAAGGCCCCUCUCCCUCCGCUUAAAAUGUUAAAGAUAAUAUUUACAAGAAAAACAAAAAUUAUAUGAGAGUAGUUAAAAGGGGAGGGCACGAAAAGUUGCAGGAAAGAGAGCAAGCGAAGAGAGAGAACGAGUGUGUCUUGCUUGCUCCGCAGUAUGUCUCUGGCUUCGGAGGACUCCUCUGAGAUAAUAAAGCGGGGGCGCGUGGUGGAGGAGUGGAACCGCCCAGAGAUGCAAGCCUUCCACCUCCACUCCCCUAAAGACGAUUCCCUCCUCAUCCAAGUCGUCGAAAAAGGAGGAGGUCUUCCCACCGACGACGCCGGAGUUAAAGAUUCACCGCUUCCUCCUCCUCCUCCUCCUAGAAUUAACAAUUCUGUCACCACACCUAGUUUAGAAAUGGAGGCUAAUGGCAAGCCGGAAGGAGUGUCGCCGGCGCCGUCGACCGCUGGAGCGCCGGCGGGCGGGGGUGGGGAGGACGAGAAGCCUGCACCGCCGGCCCCCGCCGUGGGAUUCGGCGAGCUCUUCCGCUUCGCCGAUGGCCUCGAUUGCAUUUUGAUGGCUAUCGGGACUGCAGGGGCGGUUGUUCAUGGCUGCUCCCUUCCUGUCUUUCUUCGCUUCUUUGCGGAUCUUGUCAACUCCUUCGGCUCCAACUCCGACGACCCCAACACCAUGGUCCGCGAAGUCGUUAAGUAUGCUUUCUACUUCUUGGUCGUCGGAGCGGCAAUCUGGACGUCUUCUUGGGCUGAGAUAUCUUGCUGGAUGUGGACCGGAGAGCGGCAGACGACCAAGAUGAGGAUCAAGUAUCUGGAGGCGGCGCUGAACCAAGACAUCUGCUACUUCGAUACCCAAGUCCGCAUCUCCGAUGUCGUCUACGCCAUCAACGCCGACGCGGUCAUCGUCCAGGACGCCAUCAGCGAGAAGUUGGGAAAUUUUAUCCAUUACAUGGCAACCUUUGUCUCCGGCUUCGUGGUGGGGUUCACCGCCGUUUGGCAGCUGGCCCUCGUCACGCUCGCUGUCGCCCCCCUCAUCGCCGUCAUCGGAGGCAUUCACACUGCCACAUUGGCCAAGCUCUCCUCCAAGAGCCAAGAUGCCCUGUCCCAAGCCAGCAACAUAGCGGAGCAGGCGUUGGCUCAAAUUAGGACGGUGCAGUCCUUCGUGGGUGAGUCCAGAGUUCUCCAGGCCUACUCAUCGGCAUUGAAGGUGGCUCAGAGGAUCGGUUACCGGACUGGUUUCGCUAAGGGUAUUGGAUUGGGAGCCACCUACUUCACCGUUUUCUGCUGCUACGCUCUCCUCCUGUGGUACGGCGGACACCUUGUCCGCCAUCACCACACCAAUGGCGGCCUUGCCAUCGCCACCAUGUUCUCCGUCAUGAUUGGAGGAUUAGCUCUCGGGCAAUCGGCUCCGAGCAUGGCCGCAUUUGCCAAGGCUAGAGUGGCAGCGGCAAAGAUAUAUCGGACCAUUGAUCACAAGCCAAGCAUCGACCGAAACAACGAGUCGAUGACCGAGCUGAACGCGGUCACAGGGCAUGUGGAGUUGAAGAAUGUGGACUUCGCCUAUCCUUCGAGGCCGGACGUCCCGGUACUUCGCAAUUUCUCGUUGAGUGCUCCGGCAGGGAAGACCCUUGCAUUGGUAGGGAGCAGUGGCUCUGGCAAGAGCACCGUGGUCUCCCUCAUUGAGAGAUUCUACGAUCCCACUUCAGGACAAGUAUUGCUUGAUGGGCAUGACAUAAAGACCCUGAAGCUAAGGUGGUUAAGACAACAGAUAGGGCUGGUGAGCCAGGAGCCUACUCUCUUUGCAACGACCAUCAAAGAGAAUCUGCUUUUGGGCCGGGAAGAUGCUAGCCAGGUAGAGAUAGAAGAGGCUGCCAGGGUUGCCAAUGCCCAUUCCUUCAUCAUAAAGCUGCCGGAUGGCUAUGAUUCCCAGGUAGGGGAGAGGGGGCUGCAGCUCUCCGGCGGCCAGAAGCAGAGGAUCGCCAUUGCGAGAGCCAUGCUGAAGAACCCGGCAAUCCUCCUCCUGGACGAGGCCACGAGUGCGCUCGACUCCGAGUCGGAGAAGCUCGUCCAGGAGGCGCUCGACCGGUUCAUGAUCGGCCGCACCACACUCGUCAUCGCCCACCGUCUCUCGACCAUCCGCAAGGCCGAUGUCGUCGCAGUCCUCCAGCAGGGGAGUGUCUCCGAGAUGGGCACCCAUGAUGAGCUUAUGGCCAAAGGCGACAAUGGACUCUAUGCAAAGCUGAUUCGCAUGCAGGAGCAGGCCCAUGAGGCUGCCAUCGCCAAUGCCAGGAAGAGUAGUGCAAGGCCUUCCAGUGCUCGGAACUCGGUGAGCUCCCCAAUCAUUACGAGGAACUCAUCAUAUGGCCGAUCACCAUAUUCCCGCCGUCUCUCCGACUUCUCCACGUCCGACUUCAGCUUCUCAAUUGACCCCAAUCACAGGAUGGAGAAGCUCGCAUUCCGUGACCAGGCCAGCUCCUUCUGGCGCCUCGCGAAAAUGAACUCGCCUGAAUGGACCUAUGCCCUCAUUGGUACCAUUGGGUCGAUGGUGUGCGGUUCCAUCAGUGCCUUAUUUGCCUACGUACUGAGUGCUGUUCUUAGUGUGUAUUAUGCCCAGGAUCACGGGUACAUGAGACGGGAGAUUGGCAAGUACUGCUACCUGCUGAUCGGAGUUUCCUCUGCCGCGCUACUCUUCAACACCCUGCAGCAUCUCUUCUGGGAUGUCGUCGGGGAGAAUUUAACGAAGCGAGUCCGAGAGAAGAUGCUCUCCUCUGUCCUUCGAAAUGAGAUUGCAUGGUUCGACCAGGAGGAGAACGCAAGUGCCAGGAUUGCUGCAAGACUCUCAUUGGAUGCUCACAAUGUGAGGUCUGCAAUCGGAGACCGGAUAUCAGUUAUCGUGCAGAAUUCGGCACUCAUGCUUGUCGCCUGCACUGCGGGGUUUGUCCUCCAGUGGCGGCUCGCCUUCGUCCUCAUUGCGGUGUUCCCUGUCGUCGUUGCCGCCACUGUUUUGCAGAAAAUGUUCAUGAAGGGCUUCUCCGGCGACCUGGAGAGGGCGCAUGCCCAGGCGACACAGAUUGCCGGGGAGGCCGUGGCGAACGUCCGGACCGUGGCAGCAUUCAACUCGGAGGCCAAGAUCACCCAGCUUUUCGCCUCUAACCUCCAGAGCCCCCUCCGCCGCUGCUUCUGGAAGGGCCAGAUCGCCGGAAGCGGCUUCGGCGUAGCCCAGUUCCUCCUCUACGCCUCCUACGCCCUCGGCCUAUGGUAUGCCGCCUGGCUCGUGAAGCACGGCAUCUCCGACUUCUCGAAGACCAUCCGCGUCUUCAUGGUCCUCAUGGUCUCCGCCAACGGCGCCGCCGAGACCCUCACCCUCGCCCCCGACUUCAUCAAAGGCGGCCGCGCCAUGCGGUCCGUCUUCGAGGUGCUCGACCGCAAGACCGAGGUCGAGCCCGACGAUCCCGAUGCCGCCCCUGUCCCCGCCCUGGACCGCCUCCGCGGCGACGUCGAGCUAAAGCACGUCGACUUCGCCUACCCGACCCGCCCGGACCUGUCGGUUUUCCGCGACCUCACUCUUCGCGCCCGCGCCGGCAGGACGCUCGCCCUCGUCGGCCCCAGCGGCUGCGGCAAGAGCUCGGUCAUCUCCUUAAUUCUGCGCUUCUACGAGCCGAAUUCAGGCAGGGUGCUGAUAGAUGGGAAGGACAUCAGGAAAUAUAAUCUCAAGUCGCUGAGGCGGGCAAUGGCGUUGGUGCCGCAGGAGCCAUGCUUGUUCGCGGCCACCAUUUUCGACAACAUCGCAUACGGGCGGGAGUCGGCGACGGAGGCAGAGGUGGUGGAGGCGGCGACGCAGGCGAACGCGCACAAAUUCGUAGCCGCAUUGCCGGAUGGAUACCGGACAUGGGUCGGGGAGUGGGGGGUGCAGCUCUCCGGCGGGCAGCGGCAACGGAUAGCGAUUGCUCGAGCUCUGCUGAAGAAGGCGCAGGUGCUGCUGCUGGACGAGGCGACGAGCGCAUUGGACGCGGAGGCGGAGAGAAGCGUGCAGGAGGCGCUGGACAGGGCGGGAGCGGCGGCGGGGCGGACGACCAUCGUGGUGGCACACCGCCUGGCGACGGUGCGGAAUGCGCACACGAUCGCGGUGAUCGACGAAGGGAAGGUGGUGGAGCAGGGGUCGCAUUCCCACCUGCUCAACCACCACCCGGACGGCUGCUAUGCGAGGAUGCUUCAGCUCCAGCGCCUCACGCACGGUCCCGCCAUGGGGGCCCCGGGACCAUCCAACGGUGGGAGGCAAGGAGAUGAUUGAGAGGAAUUUUGGACAAAAGGGGGUGAAUGAAGACUUUAAAAAAAAAACAAUUGCAACACUCUCCGUUGCCACUGCCCCUUGCCUCUGUCUUGGUUUUGUUUUUGAUUUUUGUUUUUAUCUCGGGUAAAAUCGCAUUUGUAAUGUAAUUAUGUACUGUGUAUCCAGCCCACUGUUACAAAUGCUGGAAGUAGAUUUUCUGUUGCUUGGUGAGAGGGGCAAUUUUUUUUUUUGUUGCAUUGGAAUACUUUCUUGAGUAAUAUUGUAUACUACCGGGGACCCUAAGUAAUUAAGUGUGGGGA